AAAGUGCGGUGCGGGCUUCAGGCGGAUAGGAUCGUCUUUCGUCGUCGGUGUUUGUCCCUUCUGCUGUUGAGUUGUGAAGAGCUUCCCGGCCGUCCCCACUGGCCACCAUGUCCGCCCAGGCGCAGAUGCGGGCCCUGUUGGACCAGCUCAUGGGCACGGCUCGGGACGGAGAUGAAACCAGACAGAGGGUCAAGUUUACAGAUGACCGUGUCUGCAAGAGUCACCUUCUGGACUGCUGCCCCCACGACAUCCUUGCUGGGACGCGCAUGGAUUUAGGAGAAUGUACCAAAAUCCACGACUUGGCCCUUCGAGCAGAUUAUGAAAUUGCAAGUAAAGAAAGAGACCUGUUUUUUGAAUUAGAUGCUAUGGAUCACUUAGAGUCCUUCAUUGCAGAGUGUGAUCGGAGAACUGAACUUGCUAAGAAGCGGCUGGCUGAAACACAGGAGGAAAUAAGUGCAGAAGUUUCUGCCAAGGCAGAAAAAGUACAUGAAUUAAAUGAAGAAAUAGGAAAACUUCUUGCUAAAGCUGAGCAGUUAGGAGCUGAAGGAAAUGUGGAUGAAUCCCAGAAGAUUCUUAUGGAAGUGGAGAAAGUUCGCUCAAAGAAAAAAGAAGCAGAGGAAGAAUACAGAAAUUCCAUGCCUGCAUCCAGUUUUCAACAGCAAAAACUCCGUGUUUGCGAGGUUUGUUCAGCUUAUCUUGGUCUCCAUGACAAUGACCGUCGUCUUGCAGACCACUUCGGAGGCAAAUUACACUUGGGGUUCAUUCAGAUCCGAGAGAAGCUUGAUCAGUUGAGGAAAACUGUGGCUGAAAAACAGGAAAAAAGAAAUCAGGAUCGAUUGAGGAGAAGAGAGGAGAGAGAGCGAGAAGAGCGCCUGGGCAGGCGCUCUGGAUCAAGAACCCGAGAUCGCAGGAGGUCACGUUCCCGGGAUCGUCGAAGGAGGCGGUCUAGGUCUACCUCCCGAGAGCGGCGGAAGUUUUCCCGUUCCAGGUCCCGAGAUAGAUACCGGCGACAUCGCAGCCGUUCCCGGAGCCACAGCCGGGGUCACCGACGGGCUUCCAGGGACCGGAGUACAAAAUACAAGUUCUCCAGGGAGCGCUCAUUGAGAGAGGAAUCCUGGGAGUACGGGCGGAAUGAACGAGGGCCCACUGACUGGAGGCUGGAGAACUCCAAUGGCAAGACUGCAUCGCGGAGGUCGGAGGAGAAGGAGGCUGGCGAGAUCUGAAUCUGGUUCAGGCGCUGUAAAUAGUCUGACAAAAGUUCAGCACAGCCUAAAUUACCCUUUAUAUUUGCUGACUACAACUCAUCUUUUGUAGUUAAAAUUUCUAUUGUUUGGCCCUAGCUGUGAGUUUCUAGAUUGUUCAGAGCUGCUUCUGUGUUUGGGGUUAUGUUAUAUAGGAACAAAUAAAUCUGGCGGCUGCCUCCUGACA